GUUUACUGUUCAGAUGGUUUCUGUGAGCUUGCUGGAUUUGCACGAACCGAAGUCAUGCAGAAGAGCUGCAGCUGUAAAUUUUUACUUGGUGCUGAAACAAAUGAGCAGAUGAUUCUUCAAAUUGAAAAGUCACUGGAAGAUAAGGUGGAAUUCAAAGGAGAAGUCAUGUUUUCUAAGAAGAACGGGUCUUCAUUUUGGUGCCUACUGGACAUUGUUCCUAUAAAGAAUGAGAAAGGAGAUGUAGUACUGUUUCUGGCCUCUUUCAAAGAUAUAACAGAUACAAAGAACAAAGGGCCCAGCAACAGAUGGAGAGACGAGGGAGGUGGAAGAAGGCAAGUAGGAAGAGCAGGUUCACAUUUUGAUUCAGCUCGGAGGCGGAGUAGAGCUGUCCUUUAUCAUAUCUCUGGACACCUGCAAAGAAGAGAAAAGAACAAAUUAAAAAUUAAUAAUAAUGUUUUUGUAGAUAAACCAGCAUUUCCGGAAUACAAAGUUUCAGAUGCAAAAAAGUCCAAAUUCAUACUGUUGCAUUUUAGCACUUUUAAAGCUGGCUGGGACUGGCUUAUUUUACUGGCAACGUUUUAUGUUGCUGUGACUGUACCUUACAAUGUUUGCUUUAUUGGCAAUGAUGAGCUAUCUACAACUCGAAGCACAACUGUCAGUGACAUUGCAGUGGAAAUUCUUUUUAUCAUAGAUAUUAUUUUAAAUUUCCGAACAACCUAUGUCAGCAAGUCUGGCCAAGUUAUAUUUGAAGCAAGAUCUAUUUGUAUCCACUAUGUGACUACCUGGUUCAUCAUUGAUUUAAUUGCUGCACUUCCCUUUGAUCUCCUUUAUGCUUUUAAUGUCACUGUGGUGUCCCUUGUCCACCUCCUAAAGACUGUCCGAUUGCUGCGUCUUUUACGUCUUCUUCAGAAGUUGGAUCGUUAUUCCCAGCACAGCACAAUUGUCCUCACACUUCUUAUGUCUAUGUUUGCAUUGCUUGCUCAUUGGAUGGCAUGCAUUUGGUAUGUCAUUGGAAAAAAGGAGAUGGAAGAGAAUAAUCUCAUUACUUGGGAUGUCGGUUGGCUUCAUGAGCUGGGGAAACGUAUAGAGUCUCCUUACUAUGGCAAUAAUACAUUAGGAGGCCCAUCAAUCAGAAGUGCCUAUAUAGCUGCCCUGUAUUUCACUCUCAGCAGUCUCACCAGUGUUGGGUUUGGAAAUGUUUCAGCCAAUACUGAUGCAGAAAAGAUUUUCUCCAUUUGCACAAUGCUGAUUGGGGCUUUGAUGCAUGCCUUGGUGUUCGGAAAUGUGACCGCUAUAAUUCAGAGGAUGUACUCCAGAUGGUCCCUUUAUCACACAAGAACCAAGGAUCUAAAGGACUUUAUACGGGUCCAUCACCUGCCACAGCAGUUAAAGCAGAGGAUGCUUGAAUAUUUCCAAACCACCUGGUCUGUCAAUAAUGGAAUAGAUUCCAAUGAGCUUUUAAAAGACUUUCCAGAUGAGCUGCGCUCAGACAUCACCAUGCACUUGAACAAGGAGAUUCUGCAGCUGUCCCUUUUUGAGUGUGCCAGCCGUGGUUGCCUCAGGUCUCUGUCUCUGCAUAUCAAAACCUCCUUUUGUGCUCCUGGGGAGUACCUUCUCCGGCAGGGAGAUGCCUUGCAGGCUAUCUAUUUUGUGUGCUCAGGUUCCAUGGAAGUACUGAAAGAUAGCAUGGUGCUGGCAAUUCUUGGUAAAGGAGAUUUAAUUGGAGCAAACCUCUCAAUUAAGGACCAAGUUAUUAAAACAAAUGCAGAUGUUAAAGCUCUAACCUACUGUGACCUCCAAUGCAUUAUCCUCAAAGGACUCUUUGAAGUGCUCGAUCUUUACCCAGAGUAUGCUCACAAAUUUGUAGAAGACAUUCAGCAUGAUCUCACAUACAAUCUGCGAGAAGGCCAUGAAAGUGAUGUAAUAUCAAGAUUAUCAAACAAGUCUACACUAUCUCAGACAGAGCCCAAGGGAAAUGGCAGCAUAAACAAGAGACUCCCAUCAAUUGUGGAAGACGAGGAAGAUGAGGACGAAGGAGAAGAAGAGGAGAAUGCCAUUCUUUCUCCAAUCCACACAAGGAGCACAACCUCAUCCCAAGAGAAGAAGGCUGGAAGCAAUAAAAGCUAUCUAGGGAUAAACUUGAAACAGUUGGCCUCAGGAACGGUGCCCUUUCACUCCCCCAUCCGAGUUUGCAGUUCAAACCCUGCAAGAAUCAAACAUGAAACUGAACUCCACUACUACUCCAGAAAGAGAGAGAAAAACCUAAAACUGCACCUUUCGACACUGAACACCAUUGGUCCCCCUAAUCUCAGUCCAAGGAUUGUUGAUGGGAUUGAAGAUGGAAACCAUAACGACGGAAGCCAGACUUUUGACUUCGGCUCUGAUCAACUCAGGCCGGAAUCCCGGGUAUCUCCUACAAUUGUGGACUCUGAAGUUGGUCCUGCGGUGCUAGUUAUCAAAGCAGAAGAAACCAAACAGCAGAUCAGCAGGCUUAACCAUGAGGUCGCUACUUUAACUCAAGAGGUCUCACAAUUAAGAAAGGACAUGAAGAACGUGAUGCAUCUUCUGGAAAACUUAUUGACAUCACAGAAGCCUCCAGGGUUCUGUGCAGUGCAUGGCACAUCUGUGAGUCCUACACUGGAAAGCUUACAGACUAGAAUGACUUGGACUACACAUCAACCGUGUAUGCAUAUGCAAGCUGGGAAUAUUACUUGCACCAAAGCACAACUUUGCCAUGGUAACAUGACUCCUGACAUUUGGCACAGGGAUCCAUCUUCUGUAGGGAGCAGUCCCCAAAGAACUGAAUCCCAUGUUCAAAAUUCUAUGGACAGUGAAUUUUAUUAUACUUCAGGCCUUGAAUAUUCACCUUCCUGCUAUCAGGUAAAUCAGAAGGAUAAUUUGCAGUUUUUAAGAUGCACCUCUCCAUAUUCGGAUACUACCUUGACUCCUCUUCAGUCUAUUUCUGCAACUCUUUCUUCCUCAGCGUCCUCCUCCUCAGAGACUUCACUUCACCUUGUGCUCCCCAGCAGAUCCGAGGAAAGUAGCUUUAGCCCAGGAGCAGUCAGUUCACUAAGCUUUGAGAACUUGCCAGGAUCUUGGGACCUUGAAGGAACAACAGGAGCAGUUUCUGUACAAACCUCUGAAGAUUUCCCACUAGAUAUUGGGACAAGCACAAUGGAUAUUAAAGAUAACCAAGCCAUAAAUGUAUAAUGAUAGACCAAUAAGUGGUAUUCAAAGCAUGUUCCACAGCUGCCAGUUUAAAACUUAACCAGUACUGCAUGAUUGCUUUGUAUUGCCUUUUCUCUGGUCAUCAUGGAGACUUGCUAACAUGAAAAAUCAGAUUUUUUGAAAGCAAGUGGAUAUUAUAAGAUAUAACCCGUUCAUACAGUAGGAAACAAUUUCUAGAUUCUCGAAGCAUGUGGAAAAGCAUUUUGUAUACACAGAUAUAACUUAUGGUCUGUUUGGCAGACUUUUGUGAUAGUCCUAAAGACCCUGAGGGUCAGAGCAGCUGGAAGUCUAGGACAAAAGAACUGUCAUAAGAGGUUUUUGUUGCUUGAAGCAAAGGCUUUUCCUGAGUGCCUGAUUGUUGUUCUCAAACAAUAUCUGUGGCACUGUUUGCUUCAGGUGAUCAUGGCUCCUGCUGGUUUAUUUGUCAGUUCCAUAAAGGCAAUGGGGCAAUUAUCGCUGCAUGUCAUCUCCUAGACAAUCAACCAAAUAGAAUUGGUAGAGAGUGGUUAG